AUGUCUUCUUACCCCGAAUACCCCGAUUCUGACCGCGUCAAGCGAGAGAGAUCCCGUUCGCCCCGUCGUCGUUCAUCUCGCAGUCCCCGACGUAGCCGUCGCUCGUACACUCCACGCAGUCGCUCUCGCAGCCGUGACGAUUAUCGCCCCCGUGAUCGCCGUUCACGGUCUCCGUUGAGUGCUUCUGGAGCUACUGGACCAUCGGGAUCGCCCUACGGUGGACGCAGUGGAUACGCGCCGCGUUUCGAGGAUCGUACCGUCGCCAAAGAAAAUAUGAUGCAAUCCGUUCGUGAUUCGUCUCAGCAAGACCGCCGGGUCUAUGUGGGCAAUUUGUCCUACGAUGUCAAGUGGCAUCAUCUCAAAGAUUUUAUGCGACAGGCUGGAGAGGUUCUCUUUGCCGAUGUGUUACUUCUUCCGAAUGGAAUGUCGAAGGGAUGCGGGAUUGUGGAAUACGCAACGAGGGAGCAAGCACAACAAGCUGUCAACACGCUCAGCAACCAAAACCUGAUGGGUCGCCUUGUCUACGUUCGCGAGGAUCGUGAGUCCGAGCCUCGUUUCAUCGGCGGUCCCCCUCGCGGCGACUUCGGAGGCCGCGGCGGCUUUGGUGGACCCGGAUUCGGUGGUCACCCCGGUGGAGGCGGUGGUGCUGGCGGCGGUGGUCGCCAGCUCUAUGUGUCGAACGGAUCCGGUAUCGUUGCAUUCGAAUCCCCUGAUGAUGCGCGCAAUGCCAUUGCCCAGUUCAACGGAUAUGAGUGGCAGGGUCGACCUCUCGAGGUCCGCGAAGACCGAUUCGCAGGGGGUGGUCCCGGUUUCGGCGGACGUGGCGGCGGCUUCGGUGGACGCGGUGGCUUUGGCGGUGGUCCUGGCUUCGGUGGCCGUGGAGGCUUCGCUGGACGUGGCGGCUUUGGCGGUGGAUUCCGCGGUGGCUACGGUGGUCCCCCUGCCUUUGGCGGUGGUGGCUUCGAUGCCGGCGGUGCCCCUCCUGCUCCUGUUGCUUCGUCUCCCCCGAACCCUUUCACCGACUUUGCUACCUCCGGCGGCGAGAAGAGCGCUGUUAUCUACGUGCGUAACUCACUGAUGUCUUCACAGCUGCCCUGGUCCACCUGCAAUGAGGACUUGAUCGACCUGUUCUCGACCAUCGGUAAGGUUGAAAGAGCUGAGAUUCAGUACGAACCUAACGGCCGCUCGCGCGGCACUGGUGUCGUCGAAUUUGAUACUCCGGACACUGCAGAGACUGCAAUUGCCAAAUUCACCGGUUACCAGUACGGAGGACGCCCUCUGGGCAUCACCUUUGUCAAGUACCUGAAUGCCGGCCCAGGACCUGAGGACAUGAGCAUGAUGGAGCCUACCGAGCCCACCGGCCUCACGCAGGACCAGAUCAUGUAA